UCUGUCUUUCCUCUUCACCAUCAUCAUCAUCAUCAUCAUCAUCGUCAUCAACAACUCGUUCAUCAUCAUCAUCAGUCACCACCACCAAUGGAAUUCCCCAAACGAAACCUCCUUUUCCUCGAAUCAAUUCACCAUCAUCAUCACCAUCUCUGUAUUUUGCUUUAAUUCCCUCUUUCUAUCGUUGUGAUUUUUUUUUUCCAGUAAUAGAAACCCUAAUUACACCGACCGACUUUGUCCUCUUGUCUGGCCCAUUACUCUGCUUUUGCUUUUUUCGUUUUUCCCGGGAAAAUUGAUCCCUUUUCCUCCUUUCGUCAUUAUUAGUAGGCAAUCACUCAUCUUUUAGUUUUUUUUUCUUUCUUCUCUCCCUCACCAUCUCCGAGUAAACCCUAGAAUCAAUCUACCCCCUUCUGGAUUUCAAGCUUAAUCAUUGUAAUUACGUCUAGGGUUUACUCGGUCUCCACUUAAAGUUUGAUCCUUUGUUCUAUAAAGUUUCCAUUUUUAUUUUGAUUCUUCUCUCUCUCUCUCUCUCUGUCUCAUGGCGUAUCAACCGGUUCCGGGUUCUGGGUUUCACUACUUGAACUCGCCGUUCGGAGAUACGACGUUAACUAAGGUUUUCGUCGGUGGCCUCGCUUGGGAGACUCAGAGUGAAGCCCUUCGUCGCCAUUUCGAGCAGUACGGUGAUAUCCUUGAGGCCGUCGUCAUUGCUGAUAAGAACACCGGCCGAUCCAAAGGAUACGGCUUUGUGACUUUUAGAGAUCCAGAAGCUGCUAGGAGAGCUUGUGCUGACCCAACUCCUGUUAUAGAUGGUAGACGUGCGAACUGUAAUCUUGCUUCCCUUGGUAGACCUCGGCCUCCGUUGCCCUAUGCAUUGAUACCUAACAUCCCUGGAAGCUUAAGACCUGCUUCCCCCUACAUUGGAAACGUGCAGGGCCCUCGUGGUUCACCUUUUGGAAGUUAUCCUUAUCAGCAACCACUUCCAUAUAACUACCAGCAAGGACUUGUUUAUCCUUAUGGGGUGGCUGCAUAUGGACCUGAGUACAUGUACUCACAGUCACAGGGGUUGUAUGGUCCAUACAUGGGUCAGCAGUAUCUUCAGGUCUACGGAGUACCUGGGGCAGUUAACACACCAGUUUAUCAAUACGGACAAUUUAAUCAGACUGUUCCCAGUGGCCAGAGCUAUACAGCACUUCAAGGAUAUUCAGUUCCAGGAAGCCAUGUUCUGCAACUUGGUGGACCCACUGUUAGUGCCAUGACCACUUCAUCCAUGCCUGCUCUUCAAGCUCCAUACCCUCCAGGCCCUGCUCCAGCACAGUCACAUAUCAUUGUUCAUCCCCCUCAGUUUAUGCAGAGUAGCAGUUCUGACCAAACAACAAGCUAUCCUUGAAGACUGAGGAGAAAGGAGGAGCCAGCGAAAAUUGCUAUUUCAAUGGUGGCAGCAGCAGAAGCUUCCUGUUUGUUUUAAGUCGUCAAGUUAUUUAUCUUGCAUCUGAAAGGUUAUAUAAAAUAGUCUUGCUCACUGGAAGGGCGCAGAAAGAAAAAGGAAAGUGGGAGUCUCAGGGUUUGUGGCUUCAGUUUUCUUACUCAUCCAUCAAUGUGCAAAGAUCUGCUGGCUCAAGCUGGAGUUGAGUUUGCAGCCUUGCAGGAAUGACAACGGUUUUCCCUAGGAGGGGUAACCGUUGGUAAUAAGUUGGUGUACUAUAUAGUAGACACACAUACACAAAGCAUAUACAUACUAGAAUCAAAAUCUGAUUCUUUUUGUUAGUCUUAAGUCGUAAUACUCACUACACUUUCUUCAGGUACAGGAGUGUAGUGAGUAAACAUUCAUAGGUAUAUUUGUCCCAAGUCCUGCAUUGUGUAAGUAAAGCAUGUUUAUAUAUCCUUUAGUUGUGUAGGGUUUGUCUGUUUCUUCCAUUGUCUGAACACACCGAUGAAUGAUUGUUAUCCAAAGCUUACUUGAAAGUAUGGAGUCAGUUUUU